UCGGGUCGUAGACUAAUGUGGUAACUGCCAAGUGAUAAACAAUCGGUGAUCACAUAUAAAAAUGCUUAAUUCUAUACAAGUUUUUGAAUAUUACAUUCACAAUUUGAAAGGGAUGGGGAGGGGAAAGAGGUGAAUGUUAUUCUAGGAGAUCGCUGUCUGGAGGAGGCAAUGGAUGUAAGUGGAAAGCGUAAAUCUAACACCACCUUACAAACUAAUCCUAGAGAAAAUUUUGAAAAGGGAUUAGUGUAGUGAAAAAGAACUACAGAAAGAAUGGCAGAAUUGCAAGAGCAGGGCCUUAGACGUAGCUAAAAGGUAUCGAAAGUAAGGUAAGAGAUAUUUUUGUUUAACUCUUUUACAGCUUGGAGUACCUCCAUUGAGGACAGAGAGCCAGAGCAGCACCUUAUCAAGUCAUCGAUCACAGAGCAUGCGUUGUUCCAAUAGAGAUCUUAGGGACGCGCUUCCAGACCGCGGACUAUCUAUCUCGGAACUUGAUCUUCGAUUAGCAAUUCGUAAAGAAGAAGAGCGCUUGGCCGAGGAGGCAAAGAAGCGGAAUCGCUCUUCCAGUUUCUCCAGCAACCUCAAGGAAUUUUUUGGAAAAACGAAUUCGGCAGAAAGUGAGUCAUCGAAAAAUGUCCCUGCACCAUUGCUGCGACUAAAAGCCUUUUCGAAAAGUCUUGACUCUUCAAGAUCACUUGCGGGUAAAUUAAAAGACACUGAGAAAGAAAAUUCGUUAAGCGGGCGGGAAUCGAGAGCUUCACUGCCAUCAAUUUGCAUCACACCACCAGUUAGUGAUAUAGAACACUCACCUCACUUAUCAAGGAAACUGGGCUCCAUACCAGCGAAUGUUCAGGCUCUUGGUGGAAGUGAAUAUGUAGCUAACGAAUUCAAUCAGCUGGGACAAACGAUAAAGACAAGCGGACAAGAAGAUAAUCAAUUUCCAACGGAAGAGGGGAUACCAAACGCAUUUGACGAAAGCAAGUGCGUAACGAAACACCAGAAACGGGGAGAAAAUAAACAGCAAGAACAACAAGCCGGGAGCGACAGGGUCUGUUACUACACCGAGGAGAGCGUCCACCUCGGACAAACUAAACGAGAACGAGACAGCAAAACUGAAAAACAUGGUAUAGGCAAUACGGAAGCAAAGAAAGAAGGGCUUGACGACAGAGUGCUUGCUGAAGAAGAACAAGAAAGUUAUCAUUCAAUAAUUUGUAGGGGAACAGAUACUGACAAUUACUUUGCUGUUUGUACUUAUCAAGCCAGUGGAGAUGGCGAGAUGACGGUGUACGAAGGAGAUGAAGUUGAAGUGCUCACUAAAGCUCCUAAUGGAUGGUGGAUGGUCUGCAUUGACGAUGAUGUAGGAUGGGUGCCUUCAAAUUUUCUUGUCGCAGAAGGGGGACAGGAAGACGAGGCCAGUCAAGAUAGUCUUGAGUCAGCAGAGGAUCAAGAAAAUGAGAGACUUUCUUCCGACGAUUACGAUGGUGACGACGAUGAACAAGAGUGCGAAGACGCUGACGAGCAUGGAAUUGAUGAUGGCGAGGAGGAGUACUUUGAUAUGGUAUCUGGAGUAGAUGAGGGUGAGGUUUUCAUUAAAAACCUUCAAGCCUUGUUAAUUGUACUAGUGUCUCAAUGCAACAAACACUACCCUUACAAACCUUUGACUAUUGUUUAUAUAAGCCUAGACGCUUAAGCAGAAGCGUGAAGCGCCUUUCAAGUAAAACUACGGUGCUGUCAGCAUGUGCUUAAAAAUCAGUUCCAAGACACCUUUGAGGCAUUGCAAAGUGCUUGUAGCUUGUAGCGACAAAGGUCUGCCUCGGGUUAUAAGCUAAGCACUGAUGAAUUCUUAUCAUUUUUUAUAGGUCAAUCUGUAAUUUGGGUGCAGCCAGACCAAUCUCAGCAACGUUGCAACUCGAGCGACGAGAUCGACGAUAAAAAGAACGAGGUAUAUAUAAUUUUGCAGCCCAUUGAAUUACUCAGACGGAGUCAAGUUUCUUGUAAUAGUUUGUUCCAUUGUCGUUCUAUAUUUUUCAACGUCAGACGCGCAUGUGACGACGGUGACUAUUUAACGUCGUACCCAGUUAUGUGUCAAAAAAACCUUCCUAGCACUCCCCUUGUCAGCUGACGGCCCGACUUGGGUUCUGAUUCCGCU